CCGCGCGCCCCGCGCCCCCGCCCCGCCGGGCGUGCCCCGCCGCCGGGCCCUCGCGGCCACCAUGAAGAAGGAGGUGUGCUCCGUGGCCUUCCUCAAGGCCGUGUUCGCCGAGUUCCUGGCCACCCUCAUCUUCGUCUUCUUCGGCCUCGGCUCGGCCCUCAAGUGGCCGUCGGCGCUGCCCAGCAUCCUGCAGAUCUCGCUGGCCUUCGGGCUGGCCAUCGGCACCCUGGCGCAGGCCCUGGGGCCCGUGAGCGGCGGCCACAUCAACCCGGCCAUCACGCUGGCCCUGCUGGUGGGCAACCAGAUCUCGCUGCUGCGGGCCGCCUUCUACGUGGCGGCGCAGCUGGCGGGGGCCAUCGCCGGGGCGGGCAUCCUCUACGGGCUGGCGCCGCUCAACGCCCGCGGCAACCUGGCCGUCAACUCGCUCAACAACAACACAACCCAGGGCCAGGCUAUGGUAGUAGAGCUGAUUCUGACCUUCCAGCUGGCACUCUGCAUCUUCUCUUCCACUGACUCCCGCCGCACCAGUCCUGUGGGCUCUCCGGCCCUGUCCAUCGGCCUUUCCGUCACACUGGGCCACCUCGUGGGGAUCUACUUCACCGGCUGCUCCAUGAACCCGGCCCGCUCUUUCGGCCCCGCAGUGGUCAUGAAGCGCUUCAGCUCUGCUCACUGGGUGUUCUGGGUGGGGCCCAUCGUGGGGGCCAUCCUAGCUGCCAUCCUCUACUUCUACCUGCUAUUCCCCAACUCCCUGAGCCUGAGUGAGCGCAUGGCCGUCAUCAAGGGCACGUAUGAACCUGAGGAGGACUGGGAGGAGCAACGAGAGGAGCGAAAGAAGACCAUGGAGCUGACCGCCCGCUGACCAGUGUCAGGCAGGGGCCAGCCCCCCUCCUCCCAGUCCCUGAACCACAGGAGGAAAAAAAUGUAUACAUAUAUAUAAAUGACAGCAAGGCUUCCUUCCCCUACAGCUGGGUCCUCGGGGCUCAGGAGGAGGUGCUGGCUCCUUCGGCUUCACAGUUAGGGAUGGGAGCAGGAACCCAUAAGGGGACGCUUAGGUGGGGGCCCAGGCUGGUGUCCGAUGGGGUAAGGGUCUCUCUGGAACAGGGCAGACUGCUGCCAUGAGGUCAGAUCUCAGACACCGUGAAAGGAGCACCAAGCUUACAGGCUUCCCUGGGGCCAAGCCAGGAAGGGGUGACCGUGGCUGGACACCCCUAUCUUCCCUGACCCGCCCCCUUAAGAGCCGGCGGGGUCCUAGUCCCUAGGACAGCAGAGGCUGCCCCUCCCCACAUCGCCCUAGAGGGAGACAGACUGGUUCAUUAAAUGCUGCCUUAUUUAUUUCUGCUCAAGGAUGCACGGGGUUGGGCUGCUGGUGUUUGGGGCAGGGGCUUACCAAUAAACCACUGACACUC